AUGACAUCGAUUCCAAGACCCAAACCAUGGGAAACAAAAGCAUAUGAUAUAGAUUCAGGUAGCGAAUUCCCUACUGUAAUACCGCGUGAGGGAACUGGGAAUAGCAAUAACAAUAAUAAUACUGCUAAUAUUAAUAUUAAUGACGGGACACAUAGAGGAGAUGAUAAUGAUAAUGAUAAUGAUAAUGAGAAUACACCAUUAAGUUUACCAGAGAGACCAUCGAGUUUGAUGACGAAUGUGAAUGGUAAUAAUAAUCCGAAUCAUAAUAGUGGAUAUAACAAUAAUAUGUAUGAUGGUGGUAUGACCAAUAAUAAUAAUAUGAAUCUUAUGAACAGUACAUCUUAUUUACCUUAUGGAUACGGUAAUUCAAGUUUUAAUAAUAGCUAUGGAUACGGCGCUGGUACCAGUGGUAUUGGUGGUGGAUAUGGUUAUGGAUACAAUAAUAAUAUGGGUGGAAUUUUAGGAGGCAAUAGUGGAUACGGAUAUGGGUAUGAUGGAGGUAUGGGAGGAAGGAUUAGUAAUGAUAUUGGUGAAUCCACUAGAGCGACAUUCCAAUUAAUUGAAAGUAUAAUUGGCACAGUUACCGGGUUUGCUCAAAUGUUAGAAUCAAGUUAUUUAGCUACACAUAAUUCAUUUUUCACCAUGGUAUCAGUUGCUGAGCAAUUUAGUUAUUUGAAAGAUAGUUUAGGAUCCUUUUUUGGUAUUUUCACGAUAAUGAAAGUUUUGAAGAAGCUUCUUUAUUUCAUUACUAAAGGCAAAUUAGGUAACUCGAUAACGAAAAACAAAAGGCAAAGAUCGUUACUUGAUGAAUUUAAUAAAUUUGCUGAUGGUAAUGAUGAUCAUCAAGUGAGAGGAGCAAAUGGUCAAUUUGAACAAACAAAAAAAAGAGGAAGGAAAAUCUCAAUGAAACCAUUAAUAAUAUUUUUAAUGGGAGUAUUUGGCUUCCCCUUUUUAUUAAAUAAAUUCAUUGAGAAUGUCAAUAAAAAUAAUAGUCGUAGACUUAGUGGUGGAAGAGGAAGAUAUGGGAAUUUGAGAGGGCAAGGGGGAAGAGAAGACGAUGAGGAGGGAUAUGAAGAUGGAAGUGGUAUGAGUAUAGAUCCUAAUAAUUUAGAAUUUGCUCGAGCCAAAUAUAAAUUUGUUCCAGAGAAUCCUGAAAUGGAACUUCAAUUAAGUAAAGGAGAUUUAAUGGCAAUAAUAAGUAAACAAGAUCCACUUGGUAGAGAUUCUGAAUGGUGGAAAGUACGUACUAAGAACGGCGAUAUGGGGUAUGUUCCGUACAAUUAUUUAGAAAUUAUCAAGAGAGUUGCGAAAGACAGGCGACCUAUUGAAGAUGUAUAA